AUGUAUGAUGGUAAAUCUUAUGCAUGUACAUUCGAUAAGGAUUGUAUGGCUCAAGAAAGCUUCCUAGCCAAUCGUACAUGUGAGGCGGGGAAGUUCGGAUGUGACCCAACCUUGGCUGAUGGAUAUGAUACCCGUUACAUACCGGGUACAUUGAAUGGGAAGGAGGAUGAUGCUUAUCAUAAGGAGGGUGCUCAGGUUACCUUAUUCGUAACGGAUGUUUUUAAUCAUGCUACCUUCGAGAAUACAGUCAUCAAUAUGGAUUGGCACGGUCUCAAGGUUGACCGCUGGCGUUUACGUGAUGUUACCUUCCGAGCAGAGAACUGUAACGGUGAGAGCCCCCUUUACAGCCCUGGUAUCGAUUGUAAAUCUCCUUAUGUUACCGCUGAUUUGGGAUACCAUUUCUCACCUGAUCCUACUAUGAUCAAAUUACCAAUAUAUGCAUCACUCCCACACUUCGCCGAUACAGGCAAGAUGAGCUCCAUUAAAGAUAACUACUAUCCAGGUGAUGGUAGGAUUAUAGUGAAGGAAUGUAGCAUUGACGAGACAUGUCAAGGUGAACGUGACUUCAUUAGUGAGAUAUGGUCGGAGCCUAUUACCGGUACAAUUAUGUAUGGUACACAGAAGCUUCAGUUUAAUUCUCGCUUUACUUCCCUGGCGAAUACCUCAGAUGGAGAUCUCUCACAGGAAGCCCUACUCCCUCUCUUUUGGGUUGAUAAGCAUGCUGAAGCCUGGCCAUUUCAGAUUGAUGCAGCUAAGAAAAUUCAGAAAUCCGUUGGUUUAUUCAGUAUCCUCGGUAUUAUUCUCAUCAUUGUGGGAGUGCUAUUUGGCAUUGUGGCGGCGAUACUCAUUAAGUUUGGAUACAGAAGUAGAAAGGUCAGCUACGUGAAGCCAGUAUAG